AUGCGUCUGCGUUCCGUAGACGCAGUCGAGCCUGUUGAGGUAGCUGUUGACUCUGGUGCUGCUAGGGGUGCUGAGCCUGGGGGUGCUGAGCCUGGGGUUGCUGAGUCUGGGGGUGCUGAGCCUGGGAGUGCUGAGCCUGGGGUUGCUGAGUCUGGGGGUGCUGCGCCUGGGGGUACUGUGUCUGGGGGUGCUGAGACUGGAGGUCCUCCGAGUGUCCCGUCGCGGCGGGAGCCCCUCUCUCCACGGCAGCUUCGUGAGUGGUACGCUCGGCGCUGUAGCCGUGCUGCUGGAGCUGGGGGGCCUGCUACUGGAGGUGCUGCUGGUGCUGGAGCUGCUGGUGGUGCUGCUGGAGGCGCUGCUGGUACUGGGGCUGCUGGCGGUGCUGCUGGUGCUGGAGCUGCUGCUGGUGCUGGAGCUGCUGGUGGUGCUGCUGGAGGUCCUGCUGGUGCUGGAGCUGCUGGAGGUGCUGCUGGUGCUGGAGCUGCUGGAGGUGCUGCUGGUGCUGGAGCUGCUGGUGGUGCUGCUGGAGGUGCUGCUGGUGCUGGAGCUGCUGGAGGUGCUGCUGGUGCUGGAGCUGCUGGAGCUGCUGGAGGUGCUGCUGGUGCUGGAGCUGCUGGAGCCGCUGGUCCUGGAGGUGCUAGUGCUGGAGGUACUGGCGCUGCUGGAGGUCCUGCUGGUGUUGGAGCUGCUGGCGGUGCUGGAGCCACUGGUCCUGGAGGUGCUCGUACUGGAGGUACUGGAGCUGCUGGGACUGGAGCUGCUGCGGGAGUUGGAGCUGGCGGUACUGGAGCUGUUGGAGCUGGUGGUGCUGCGGGAGUUGUAGCUGGAGACCCUGGAGCUGAGAGUGCUGGUGCUGUCUCUGCUCGUUCAGGAGGCGCUGCGCGGCCGCAGCCGUACUACGUUCCGCUCCUUCAGCAGGUUCUUGGCCUCCCGCCUUCUACUGGUCCUACUCCUCCCCUACUGAGUACACCGCCGGUCCUGUCGCAGUCACAGUUUCAGCCAGCCUCUCCACUGCCUGGUCCUUCUCCUUACUCUGGACCGACUAGAGGUCUUACAGAGCGUCGUGAGCCUGAGUCUCGUCCUGCGUCGCCUGAGUCUCGUCCAGAGUCGCCUGUCCGCGCUGUCCGCACUGGUGGUCGUGUUCCGCGUGAGCGUCCUCCUCCUGUCCCUGGCACUCACUAUAUGACUCUGCGUCCUUCCACUGCUCCACAGCGUGUCCUUCUGCCGUCUCCUCCUGCGUCCUCUCUUCCUGACGGUCCGGACCCGGAGUCUGACUCCCUUCGUGCUGCCAGUCCUACUGUCACGCGUUUCCUCGCUACUGUUGUCACUGACCCUUCCUUUGAGUCCACUGCUGCGUCUGCUCUAGUGGCUGAGCUUGUUGACUUUGCUGCCGCCUGUCGUCUAGACUACGCCGCUAGCCUUGUUGCUGAGUCUGAGUCUGUCUGUCCUCCGUCCGUCGGGGGUGAGUGUGCUCUUGGCACGGACGUCCUUGAGGACAGACAGGAGGAGUUUGAGUGCUUUGCCGCUACUUUACCUCAUCUCGUGUCCAUGCUGAUUGCCCCUGAGGGAGAUCCGGAUGCACCAGACAUCCCGACCCCGCGCUCUUACGCAGAGGCGAUAGAGGGUCCCUACUCCUCUCAGUGGCAGACAGCCAUGGACGCAGAGAUGGCUUCCUGGAAGUCCACAAGCACCUACGUCGAUGAGGUUCCCCCACCUGGGGCGAACAUCGUCAGUGGCAUGUGGAUUUUCAGGGUGAAGCGGCCGCCGGGUUCUCCGCCUGUCUUCAAGGCGCGUUACGUUGCACGAGGCUUCAGUCAGCGUGAGGGAGUUGACUUCUUCCAGACCUUCUCCCCUACCCCGAAGAUGACCACUCUUCGGGUUCUGCUGCACGUCGCCGCUCAGCGUGACUACGAGCUCCACUCUCUUGACUUCAGCACUGCUUUCCUACAGGGUAGCCUGCACGAGGAGAUCUGGCUGUGCCGCUCACCUGGCUUCACUGGGUCGUUUCCUCCUGGUACCAAGUGGAGCCUCCGGCGGCCAGUCUACGGUCUCCGCCAGGCACCCCGUGAGUGGCACGACACACUGAGGACGACUCUUGCUGCUCUUGGGUUUGCUCCUUCUACUGCUGACCCGUCGCUGUUUCUACGCACCGACACCACUCUGCCGCCAUUCUACGUUCUCGUGUACGUAGACGACCUGGUGAUGUCGGAGCUGCAGAAGAGACACACGUGCACAGACCUGGGUGAGCUGAUAAGCUAUCUUGGCUUGCGGAUCACCCGGGAUUGA